AUGAGGCUCGUUGCGACGGGAAUUGGUCUCGCCCUCGUUGCAGAAGCUGAGGCAGCCAUCUCCCAAGCGACCUUGAACCACGCGUCCACGAACCGACCCGGCACAGCCCUCACUGCGGAAGACCUUGGCGUUGCCGACCACCUUCCCAAGAUCUUUGCUGCUAGCAACUCCGAAGACCACUACCUCGAGGAUAAAUUUCAAGCCAAGGUCUGCCUCGGCUGGCUGCAUUGGGUCGUCGGAGAAUACGAGGUAGCCUCCCAACGUCUGCCCCAACACCUCGACGACGAAUACACGGACCUGGAAGGCGCUGAAAACGUAUCCGACUGGACCAAUGUGUGCGCCCUAAAGGCAGGUUAUCUUAAAGCCAACUGCGCGGCGAGGAACAAUGAGAGAGUCGAAGCCCUCUACGUCUUUGAGAGCGGACUUCCCGCUCUGACCAGCGUGUGGACGAGCAAGUUUCCUAAGCAGCAGCUGCGAUACUGGGCUGAGCUGUUCCUUACCGAAUACUGCAUGCUCUCGAGCCAGGCCCUCCAGCGUCGGGAAAGAUCCCUCGAGGACACAAAUUCUGUCGCCAGCUUCCGCACGUGGGCUCGGUAUUGGGAAAUCCAGUCGGGCCCUUUGCCUGGCGGCCACGGCUUUCGGGGAUCGGUGCCGAGGAGGCGGAUCUGGCACGAAUACUACACCGCCUUGUCGCGUAUCGUCGAGGAUGACCUACCCUUCCCGACGGGAUACAUGGGCAAGCUGCCGACGGAGCAGCGCACCGCAAGGACGCAGCUGCGCAUGGAGCUGAAAAAGGUCGAAAGCGCGUACGAAUCCCUCCUACUUCAGGAAACGCAGUUCCCGAGAGCGGAAGACGAGAGGGAGGAGGUGGAGGCGUUUGUGAACCUUGUGAUGAAGAACUGGACCGUAAUGUGCGGCAAGGGCUGGCGCGAAUACGAUCUGGGUCAGGGCGGCCGAGAGGCGACGAGUCGCGGAAUUCUCGAAAUCCUUUACCGGGCGGCAACCAAGACCUAUCACUCGACCGCCAUCCUGCGGCAUCUCUUCACGGUACACAUGGCCGUGGCCGAGUUUGACCUCGCCUUCAAGGCAUAUAGCUCGUACAGGGACAUCAUCACCAAGGCCAAGGCGCGCGUGGACAAGACUGGAAUCGCGGAGCCGCAUCUGGACGACGACGCCACCGUUCUGGAGACCAUGUCCCAAUGCGCCCUCGCGCUCUGCAGGUACGGUGAUCGGGAAUCCAUCGAAAAGGCGAGAGGGGUGGCCGCAGAACUAGAGGACUUCCUCGCACGAUUGCCCCAGGUCCAGUCAGGCGGCUCUGAAUCGGCAUCGUUAGCCUUGCCCGAGAUCCGGGAGUCGCCCCUUCAGCCCCAGAUUGCCCCUCGGGUCCUAGCCGAAGCGUGGCAAGCUAUUGGUCUCGCCCAUGCGAGCUGGUCCCGAGUCACGUUUGAUUCCGGCUCGAGGAUCGAGAUUCAGACUAAGGCGGUAAGGUGUCUCCGCAAAUCGCUAUCGCCCGAAUUCGGGCGCUCCAGGAGCUAUCGCGGGCUCUUUGCUCUGGCUUUGCUGCUGGCGGAGCGUCGGGAGCUCACGCCGGCCAUCGAGCUCGUGAAAGCCGCCCUGGCGUCGGGGAAGACGGCCGAUGGCCAGCCAGACCUAGCCCACGGGCCCUUUUGGCAAGAGAGGGCCUUGUUUCCGCUAUGGCAUCUCCUCGGAUUGCUUCUGAGCGCUCGGCAAGAUUACAGCAUGGCUGCCCGGGCGUGCGACGGCGCGUUUGAGCAGUUUAGGGAUCCGUUGGUGCUGUUUGGGCAUCAGGACCAGUCCUUCCGGAGCGAUCACCUAAACGAGGCAGAGGCGCGCCGGGAGAAGCCGAACGCCAGACGAGCCAUUCUCGCGCUGGUGGAGCUCGUGGACGGCCCCGAAAUCGCGGUGAACGCAAGCCCGGAGCUCCUGAGCCUGUACGCCCGGCUGUUUGGAAUCGUGCAGCCCAAGGCCCCCGCAGCGCCGCCCAAGACGGCGGACGUGCCCAAGACGUCAGGCACGUUGCGGAGCAUCAAGGGCAGCAUCUUUGGGCGGUCCUCUCGGCACGGGGAGCCCCGGCAGAUGAGCAUCGUCAGCGACACGUCGGUGGGAUCGGUGCGACCCCAGACCACGCAGACGACAGCGAGCGCGGCGACCAUCCAGAUCCAGAUCACGCAAGAAAACGGGCAGUCGGUGGAAAUGCGGCCGCCGCAGACGGCGGAAAGGACGGGGCGGCGACGAAGCCAGUCCGGGCGAAGAAACAGCCUGAAGAAGCGGGAUCCCAGUCGAAGCCGAAAGCGAGCGGCCAGCACGGGGCCGACGCCACGCUCAAGCUUCGCCACGGACGGCGAGAGCGUGUUCACGCCCGACGGCGACUCGCAGUCGGACGUGUUUGCGUUUACUAAUAGGAGGCAGCCGUCGAUCGCGUCGUCCUUCUCGCGCGGGCGCGCGCUUCCGCACGUGGACUCGUACUUUUUGGCCAAGGGAGCGCGGACGGCGGAGCAUGGGGAUCUGCCGACGGACGCGUACAACACGAUGCCGACCCCGCUGCCGGUGGUGCAGUUCUCGCGGGAGGCGGACCAGAGGCGGAAAAAGGCGAUUCUGUGCAACGUCUGGCUGAUGAUUGCGGGGUUCUACCGGCGGGCGUUCAUGUUUGACGACUGCAAGGGGGCGAUUGCGGAAGCGAGGAAGAUUGUGCAGGGCAUGGAGGCGGAGGCGGCCAAGGAUACGACCACGCCCAUGACGCAGGGGAGCACGCGGUGGGGUGAGAGGAAGGGCACCGACGAACUGUGGGCGGACGUCUAUGCAGAGCUGGGCAACCUUGCUGUGGCCAAAGGCGAGCCCUACGUAGCGCAGGGCGACUUCGAGUCGGCCCUGACGUACUUCCCAAAUCACGCGGAGGCGAUUGUGGGGCUUUCCAAUAUUCUCCUCGACGUUUACACCGAAGAACUACUGCCGCCGCCAACGGUGCCGGAGCUCGAUAUGAGCGAGUGGGCCAGCGACCCAAUCCUCAACGUGCCCAAGGCGGAGCGGCGUCCCGAAACGCCACGCAACAGAUUAGGCGGCGGCAAGAGGGAUGACGAGGAUCACGACGAGGACGACGACUCGUCGGAUACCGAGGGCGGCUCCUCGCCCUCGUCGCCAGACGACAAGAAGCGGCGGAGCGACGAGCUGCCGCCGGCGCACAAGGCCAAGUCGCUACCGCGGGUGGACCGGUUGGCGGCGCGCGAUCGGGCGUACGGGCUUCUCUCGGGGCUGACCAAACUCGGCACGGGAUGGAACUACUCGGAAGCGUGGUUCGUGCUGGCGAGGGCGCACGAGGAGAGCGGACAGGUGGAAAAGGCCAAGGAGGCGCUGUGGUGGUGCGUGGAGCUGGAGGAGGGUAGGGGAGUGAGGGAGUGGAAUGGCGUUGGGGCAGGGAGUUAUAUCCUCUCUUGA